AUGGACUCCACGAAAGACUGCUCGAAAAAGGCCACUUCAGCUACUGGUGCAGAAUUGAGCAAAGCGGACGAUUAUAUCGAUAACGGGGUUAUCCAGGAUCUCGGCUAUCAGCAAUCAUACAGGCGGGUAUUGAAGACAAUCGCCAGUGUAUGCUUGGUCAUUGCUUUGACAACCCCAUUGUCUGCCAUAUUGGUAUCUGCAUUUUACCAAGUGUCCUAUGGAGGGUAUUUUGGUCUCACGUGGGGGUGGAUCAUUCCCAGUAUAGUCCUCUUCCCGCAGGUCCUAGCCAUCUCAGAGCUAUGCUCCUCCAUGCCGGUGAACGGGGCCAUGUACUGGUGGACUGCAGCUCUGGCACCUGAAUCAUGGUCGCGAUGCUUGGGUUUCAUUUCGGGUUGGAUUAACUUGUUUGGCCUUUUCACUGGAGUUGCCAGUUUUGCAUAUGCUGUUGCCUCCGGCCUUGCGUAUUCAAUCCUGAUUGCGAGACCCGACUGGUCUUGCACAAACCCUAUGAUUAUGGCAAUGGCUCUGGGUGUCGUCGUGUUCUGGGUCGUCUCAAUGAUGCUACGACUUGAGAAUGUUACUCUCGCUUAUAUGAUUUGUGCUGUUGUUAUCCUCUGCCAUGUGAUCCUUUUUCUCAUCGCUCUGCCGGUGUCACAUGCCGUUCAAGGCAUGCCCUUUCCUUCUGCUAGGGUUGUGUUUGGAAGCUAUCAGAACUAUACAGAUUGGGAGCCUGCUGUUGCCGUUCCGUUCACCUGGUUCUGUGCAGCCUGGGUGAAUUCAAUCUGGAUGGCACCAGCGUUUGUUGUGGAAGAGACUCAUAGUCCUCGAACAAGUGCCCCCAAAGCCAUGAUCGGAUCCUACAUUUCGACAUGUGUCAUGGGUCUGUUUGUGACAAUCAUAAGCGCCUUUUGCAUCGCAGAUAUGGACAGCAUUGCUAUGGAUCCAUCAGGUUACCCACUCUAUCAAGUCCUCAUUGAUCACUGGGGCCAGCAGAAAAGUGCUGCUUUCCUCCUAUUCAUAGCUCCAUUCAGCACCUUCGGGGGCAGCGGCAUGCUUCUAACUUAUGGAACCCAAAUCGCUGCUUUUGCGCGGGAUGGAGGCCUCCCUUUUGCGAAACACCUCACAUACGUGAACCAGCGUCUCAGUCUUCCUAUUAACGCAGUCCUAGUCCUAGCAGCCGGGACGUCUCUCAUUCUCCUGAUUUCCCUCUCAACGUCAGCCAAAGAAAUUAUUUACUCUCUCACCGUACUCUGCGGUCUCAUCAAUGCUGCAAUACCGGUCGGAUUGCGCCUGUUCGCGGGUGAUCGCUGGGUUCCAGGCCCCUGGAACUAUGGCAGAUGGAGUAAGCCAAUACAUGCACUGGCUCUCAUUUCCCAGCUUUACUUCAUCAUCAUGGAGUCUUUUCCGCUCUACAAGAGCUGGGACAUUAACACUUUCAAUUACAAUUGGGCAGUUACUGUGUCAAUUAUCAUUAUAUCUUGCUUGCUUUAUGUUACAUGGGGAAAGAAAUUUCCAGGUAUUCCUCUGGAAGCACUUCACCGGUCGACUGCGGAAGAUAAUUAA